UUACACGGCGUUACGCAACAUACUAGGAAGCGAAGAAUGAAGGGCAAGUGGCACACAGCGCAUGAAUAAGCAGUACUACAUUUGCGUUUGGGGACACUGCGACUCGGGCACUAAAACAUUAUUUAGUUUCUUAAGCCUAAAAAUGUCAUCGGCAUGCAUACGUCGGACGCUGGUUGCUGUCUCGCAGAGUUUUAUACCAUCGAGCUGUAAUUUUUUAGCUUUCGGUUUGCAUUUUUCUCCGUCACCGGCUGCACGGGACCGACAAACGGCCUACACUAAUAACCGACGCUUCAGCUCCUUCACCCGGAUACUGAGGUCAGAAAACAAGGUGACAGUCAAUUUUAUCAAUCGCGAUGGACAGAAGAUAACUGUGAAAGCGGCUCCUGGUGACUCUCUACUUGACGUUGUCAUUGAACAGAACUUAGACAUUGAUGGAUUUGGUGCCUGUGAGGGAACUCUGGCUUGUUCCACUUGUCACCUGAUCUUCGAGGAGGAUGUCUACAACAAGCUUGGGCCAAUCACAGAUGAGGAGAUGGACAUGCUGGAUCUGGCCUAUGGGCUGACCGAUACGUCUCGUCUUGGUUGCCAGAUCUGCCUCACGAAGUCCCUGGAAGGAAUAACAGUUCGUGUACCAGACAGUGCCGUGGACAUCCGGCAGCCCACCGAUGCAGGCACAUCCAGCUCAGCUUAGAUUCCCUGAAUGAACACAGCUCAGCUGUGACUAGACUGCCCCUGUAAUGGAUAAUUAUAUAAAUAUGAUUUCACAUGAAUUACAGUGGUCCUAUAAUGACUUGAAUCCGUGGUGUCAGUUGUGCAGGUUUAUGAUGUUGCAGAAAUCUGACUGAACCUGCAUAUAUAGCCUAUGUUGCACAGAAGGGACAUCGAUGGGCUUUGGGAAAGAUAUGGAUUUCUAAUUAAGUUGUGUCAAGGUCAACAAAUUUAGAGUCAGGUAACUGUGGGUUACAAUGAUAAUAGGCUGCAGGGGGACCGGCAGCAUUUAUAAUGAUAUACAGGUUUGUGAAACGUCCUUCCGUCCACAAGCUGUGCUGAUUUUCGAGUUUCUACACGCCUCUGUUUGUCAUACUGAUGACCAUUCAAAACAAACAAACAAAACUCAAAGGCAAACAAAGAACAAGGGCCAGUUUUAGUUUGUUUUAGCACAGCAUUGCUUAAAAAUGGAUGUAUUUUAUUUUUGGAAAUCAAAUAGAAAGUAAAAUUAACUUUACCUCUUGCAUAAGCUCACGUAGUAUAAGUAUACUCUUUUAAAAAGCUACAGUUUUUAAGUGAUUAAAAAAAUUCUAAACAAAAUGUGUCCAAGCUGACUGCAGUGAAACAUGGCCCGUUUGAGUCCAGAUGUUUUCCAGGGUCUGACAACUGAUCACAAACAGUUUCUCAACACUAUUAAAAAAAGAAGAAAACAGUACAAUUGGCUGUCAAGUUGAAGACAAUCGAAGAAAUGUUCUGUUAUCCAUAGUGCUUGUUAUACUGAAUGGAUCUGAUCAAAUAAUGAAUGUGUCAGUCUGUAGGAAACCUGGACUGGGAGACCGUCUGAUUCUGAACAGAAUAUAUCACACUGUACAAGCGUCCUGUUCUUUGCCCACAGGGCUCAUAAAUCAGCAAACACAAAUGGGACCCACCAGGACCCAGACUCUGCCAUGGGCAACUACAGACAUUCUCCAUACAUGAAUGGACAGGAUUUAUAGUUGAAAUUGGUCUUAUGAUGUAUCUCAAUUUGCGAGCAAACUUGGUUUAGAUGCCGAUAGAUUUGGAGAAUAAUCAGGGAUCAGCAAGUCAUAUAAUAAUUGAUAUUAAUGAAGGUGAAAAAUUACCAGUGUUUUUCAUAUCAAAACUACACUAUUAAUAUCUAUAACAAAAAUAAGAAAUUAACUUCAUUCAUAACAUUAUAAAGAUAGUAAAUGUAUAAAAUGAUUUAUGUGGCAGAAAUGGUGUCUGUCUACCUUGUACCUAAUUAGUCAGGGAUUUUGAGCAGAAUACAGUCAUUUUGAAAGGAUUCUCUGAUCUGAGUACAGAUAUAAACCCUCAUCUAAUGUCCACAAAUUCCAAGGCAAAAUGUAGUAGGCCAAGGCUUCACAGGUCACAUGGAUUCUGCUUGUUCUUCUGAAUACUUACCUGUGACUCAGUGCAAUUACAGCAGCAUUACCACAAACUAAUGUGCAGGGUUUCUUUAAAUGACUCAAGUUCUUCUUCCUUGGCAGCGACUUGCUGCCAUUCCUUGUACAGCUGACAUUUUUUUCAGAUGAAAUACAGAUGUAGUGAUGUGUCAAACGAGGCGAGGUUGGCGAGGAUAGCUAGUCGCAUGUAAAAAGAAUCCUCUCUGCAUUUUAGUGCCUGGAUGCCAUGUUUUUGUUAAAGUUACCCGAGGCUGUCUACACUUUCAGUCAUGUUUCGCUUGGAGACAACUAGAAAAUAAAUGUGAUUCCUGUUCUGA